AUGUCGGGUGCACCAUAUCUAAAACGGGAAAAUAGAAAAUUUGUUAAUAGUUCUGUUUCUGUAACAGACAGUUUUGGAAAUGCAUUUUCGAACAAAUUUAGGAAGAUUCUUGAUGGCAUUCUAAUUGUGAAUGAGAUUGUGGAUAAGGCGAGGAGGAAGAAAAAGGAAUUGCUUAUGUUCAAAGUUGAUUUCGAGAAGGCGUAUGAUUCAGUGGAAUGGAGUUUCUUGGACUACAUGAUGUCAAAGAUGGGUUUUCACGAAAAAUGGAGGCGUUGGAUAGCUGAAUGUUUAAAAUCUACAGCGGUGUCUAUUUUAAUUAAUGGCAACCCGACUAACGAGUUUAUGAUGGAAAGAGGAUUACGGCAAGGAGAUCCGUUGUCUCCAUUCUUAUUCCUCAUUGUUGUGGAAGGCUUCAAUAUGCUGAUCAAAAAGGCGCUUGAUUGCAGCAAAUUCAUAGGGUACAAAUUCGAGAAAGGAACUGAUCGAUUCACACAUCUGCAAUAUGCUGAUGAUACCUUGAUUAUUGGAGAGAAAAAAUGGAUAAAUAUCAGGAUUAUCAAGGCGAAUUUAUUGUUUUUUGAAGCUGUCAGGCCUAAAAGUUCAUUUCAACAAGAGCUCGAUUGCCUUCCCAUUGGUGCCAACCCGACAUGGCAGCUUGUUAUAGAGGCGGUUAGAGGCAGACUUUUGAGAUGGAGAAGCUGUUACAUUUCUUUUGGUGGUCAUUUAGUGCUUAUCAAAUCCGAUCUACUUUCUCUCGUUCUUCAAGGCUCCGACAGGCACGGGUUGUGGUUAAAAGCGUUGAAGAAUAGAUAUGGGGAAAUAGAGGUCAUGAGGGGUAUAGCUAGUAGAAAAGAUUCAAAUUGGUGGAAAAAGCUUUGUGAUUUAGAAAUAGGGGAAUGGGGAAACUCGAGUUAUUUUUCUAUUAAAGAGAUGUAUAAGGACUUUACAAUUUCCGGGCGUAUUCAUUCUGUGUUAACGUGGACUAAGAUUUGGCACAAAGCGGUUCCAACAAAAAUUUCCUGUUUUGGCUGGAGGUUGUUUCAUAAUAGUUUAGCUACUAAGAACAACCUGUAUAGAAGGAAUGUUAUAGGUCAAGGUUCCACUAGGUGUAUUGGGGAAUGCAGCGCCGAUGAAUCUAUAUCUCACUUGUUUUUCGAGUGUCCCUUUUUUUCAGGUAUUUGGCAAUUCAUUUGCAAGUGGCUUCGGAUCUCCACUGCUCUCCACAGAGAAAGUAUGGCUCAUUUUACACAAUUUGAAGGUCUGAUUGGAGGUGAUAAGGAAAUAUCAUCGAAAGCUUGUGUGAUUUGGUAUGCAUGUGUUUGGAGCAUUUGGAAAGCUAGGAACGCCAAAAUCUUCCGCAACAUAGAAGUGGAAAUAGUAAAGCUGAUUGAAGACAUUAUUGAGUGUUCUUGGAGAUGGUUGUCUUCAAUUAAUGGGAAUGUGCAAGUAAACUAUGCUCAAUGGAGGAUUAAUCUUAGGCCAUGUCUUGGCCUAGAUUUUUAA